AUGGAGCACUUGUUGCUCUUUUUGUCAUGCUUGUCCAUGUUGGUUUCUAUUGCAUUCCAAAGUGUGCUUCUUCCUCUUAUUCUACAUCUCUUCUCUUUUUUUCUUCUUUCUUUUCUUUCUUUCCUCCACUUUCGUUCUUUCUCUGCCAACAAUUUCAAACACCACUCCCUUUUUCUCGUUCCCAAAAGAAGGUCCUUCUCCAUUUCAGUUUUACCAGCAGCUGCUCCGUCGAGUCCCUCAUCUAACUCGUUUCUUUUUCCCUCUUUGUCCCAUUACUUUUACUCAUUACGGGACACGACUAUGGUGAAAUUAACUGAAUCGGCUGUAUAUAUUCGUACAAAAUGUUCACUAGAGAAUGUGAAAAAGCUAAAUUUAUGGGGGUGCGGAAUCGAUGACAUUCAAGUAUGUGAGAAAAUGAGCCUUCUGGAAGUUUUAUCAUUGAGUGUUAAUGAAGUGAAAUCCCUUGCCCCUCUUCAACACUGUAAAAAUCUGAAAGAAGUGUACUUACGGAAGAAUUGUUUGGAAUCGUUAGAUGAAUUGGAAUAUCUGAAAGAAUUACCGAAUCUAAGAACCCUAUGGAUUGACGAGAAUCCUUGUGUUGGAGAAGGUGGUCAAGAGUAUCGGAGAAAAGUUAUUCGAGUUUUACCAAACCUGACAAAACUUGAUGAUAAGCCUGUAACGACAACUGAUCAUCAGGAAGCCAUUGAGGACAGUAUUCCAGAAUGUGAUAUGCAUAAUUCUCAUUACAGUGCAAGAUCGAACAGAUCGAAUAGUAUUGAUUUGAUGAGUAGAUCUCUCUAUGUAGGCCCAACAGUAGUCGAUAGAAUUGUUCAACCUCAACUUCUACACUUUGGGGAUACUUCAGAUGAAGAAAGAACAACAUAUCCAGCUAGAUCAUUUUCUGUAGAAGUUCCCGGUUUACCGCUUACAGAAGAUCAUACAACUGUCUAUUUGGAUAGUGCUCCACAAUCUCACAUAGGGUCAAGACACAAUUUGAUGUCUCAAUCUAUGUAUGGAACACUUUGUGGCACGUUAGCAGAGGAACCAAGUUCAGCUGAUGGAGAAGAUGAUUGGAAUGAUUUUAGCAUAGAAGAAGAUCGAGUUAUGGUUCAAAUGCCUCUAGCAGCUUCUCACAGAAUGUACCAAAGUAUGCAUGAGGGAAUGGUUAUAGAAAUGAAACGACCACCUGUAUACGGUAGAAGUGUGAGCAUGCCACGCCGGCGAGCAACAAAUCUCACAACGCGAGCAAGUUCAAUGAGCCCCGCAAGAGAGCAGAGACUCACAAAGAUAAUGUCAGCAGUUUCGGUUUUACUUGAUGAACUUGACACUGAUGGUCUUCGGCAGGUUGUUGAUGAAGCACAGAGAAGACUCAAGAAGCAAAGAUAAUUUCACAUUAUUGUUGAAAUAGAAGUUUAUGGAUUCUAUAAAUAUUUGAUUCUUGAAAAUUUUCACGAAUUGUAAGAAAACUGUUUUAAAACAAACCAAUCUGCACAAUCCUUUCCCUUUGAACAUAAAAGUUUAAUAAAAACUACAGAAAA